UGCGUGCCUCCCCCUACUGGGCGUACCAGUCUGCGCUCCCGGGCGCUGGCGGCGGAAGAGAUGGAGACGCGUCACGAGCGCCCGGCCCCUUGAAGCGCUGCUGGCUGGAGCCGCCUCCCUCCCUGCAGCCGGCGGCGGGGAUGGAGUAGAGGGAGACCCGUCGACCUGCCCGCGGGGAUUGGCGAUGGAGUUAAAGCAAUCUUUGUCCACACACCUGGAAGCUGAGAAGCCGCUGAGGCGCUAUGGGGCGGUGGAGGAGACGGCGUGGAAAGCGGAGGGACUGGGGAGAAGUCAACUGGACAUCGUCUCCAUGGCAGAGACAACCAUGAUGCCGGAGGAGAUCGAGCUGGAGAUGGCGAAAAUCCAGCGCCUCCGGGAAGUCUUAGUCCGUCGGGAGUCUGAGCUCAGGUUCAUGAUGGAUGACAUCCAGCUCUGCAAAGACAUCAUGGACUUGAAGCAGGAGCUGCAGAACUUGGUCGCCAUCCCAGAAAAAGAAAAAACCAAGCUGCAGAAGCAGAGAGAGGAUGAGCUGAUCCAGAAGAUCCACAAACUGGUGCAGAAGAGAGACUUCCUGGUGGACGACGCGGAGGUCGAGCGGUUACGGGAGCAAGAAGAAGACAAGGAAAUGGCCGAUUUCCUGAGAAUCAAGUUAAAACCUCUAGACAAAGUAACCAAAUCUCCAGCCAGCUCCCGGGCAGAGAAGAAAGCAGAGCCCCCACCUAGCAAGCCCACGGUGGCCAAGACAGGGCUGGCACUCAUCAAAGAUUGCUGCGGGGCCACCCAGUGCAACAUCAUGUAGUGCCCACGUAGGGUGCUCCCAGGGCCACGGGGACCCCCCUCCCACCCUCUUGUCUUCACAGCCCCCAUUUCACUGGGGCCCAAGAGCUCUCCAAGGCAGAAGGGGUUGAAGGCAAGCCCGUGACUGCCGCCCGGGCCAUGGCGCAGUAGGCGGGCCAGGCCACCCUGUACAGAGUGUAGCAAUAGGGAGUCCCUCACUGUCGCAUGGCCCUCCCCAGAGCAUGCCAAACCCAGGAGUCUGUCUCACUGUUAUCCAACCACCAAGAAAGGUCCUCCCUGAAAAAAGUAUAUCUCCAUUUCUAUCUAGCUGUAUCUAACCCGCCGUGCGAAUGAACUGGGAGAGGGGCAUGCUCCCCAGGCGUGUGUAGUUGUGACUUUUCAACAAUCUAGCACCAUGUUGGACACAUCCCCCAUCCACCCUCCUAGCUCUGCUGUCAGGCCGGCCCCCCACGGGCACAGGCCCCGUCCCCUGUUUGUCCUCCCCCAGCGGCUGUGCUCUGGAGGGCUCCAUACAGCUCAACGUGUCUCUCGGGCACCAUCCGCAUAGCGUUCUUGGAGACACGCAGGGCCCAUCUGUAAAGAUCGAGCUUGUGUAUGGUGUCGUGGUCACAUCUGCUUCUUCCUAUCCUGUGUCUGGGCACAGUUCACAUCGGGGGGGGGCGUCCACUGAGCUCUCAGCUUGCCAUGUCCACCCCAGGUGGACACGUGGAAUGGAGUGGGGCUGGGGGACCUGGGCCGGUGCGCAGAAAAGGUGGCAGAUAGCUGGAGGCUCCAACACCAAGGCCAGGGUGGACGAGAAGGAGACCCAGAGCAGAUGCUGACCCAGGCACUGCACCCCCCAGGGGCCGCUGCAGAGAUGCCAGCAGACGCCACCUCACCAGCCCAACACACAGACCUCCAUCAAGAACAGCACCGGGCGGGAGAGGCAGCCUGACCCGACUGUGCCCCAGCACUUGGUGGCGUGUCUUAACCAGCCACCAAACAGUUCCACUCGUGUAACUUGAUGUACAUUUGCUACAGCCAGCCCGGCACAGCCCGUGUGACCUCUCUAUACGUGUGUGUGUCGUGACCGGCCUAAGUAGUUAGCGUAACUCAAGAUUUGCUGAUGUGCAAUCACUCAUCAGAGAAAAUAAAAAUGGAAACCACGUACACAGCAUUUUAAAAGUUUUUACUUUUUUCUUGAUUAUGGAAGUAAUCCAUGUACAUAGUAAAUCAUUUUAAAAGUACAGAAAAGUAAAAAGUUUUUUUU